CACAGAAACAGAAAAAGCUACUGGAAAAAAGACCAUCAUGAAGCUGCAGACUGCACUUGUGUUGGUCUGUCUAUUUAGGACAAGCCUCUCUCUUCCAGUGCAAAUUGGAAUUCUUGCAAGCAACAGCAAUGAGAUCCUGAGACUGAAUGGACUAACUUUAGCAACUCUUGGACAAACUCAAGUCCAGGCAUCGUCAAUACUCCCCCAGUAUGUGUUGCAGCAGCAGCAACCAGAGGUGCUUCUCACUCCCCAGGUGGUGAACCUGAACCCUCAGGUGUCAGGUCCCUUCGGCCCCCAGGGGCCCCAGCUGUUGGUCCCCACACAGGGCAACCAGUUGACCCCUGUGCUUGUCCCCAAUGGCCAGCAGGAGCAGCUUGGCCCCCCUCAGGACCCUAACGGUCAUAUCAUCCCUCAGCAGGCCCAAAACCCUGUUCAGAUGGUUCCACAGUUUCAGUACCCUGCAUUUGGAUUUUCUCAACAGCCUGGAAUGCAGGGCUUCCCCUACUACCUGCCACCUUAUGGCUACCCCCAGCAGAGGAGUGCUGUGGUGCUGCAGCCCAACAAUGGUCAGGUGAGCCAGGCCCAGCAGAACCUGGAGAGGACAACUCAGAGGCCACAGCUACCUCUGCAGCAGGCCUCCCAGCCCAAAGGACAAACAGAAAAAACAUGGCCACUGGGGACUCAGAAAGAGCCCACCAUGCCUCCUCCUGAUCACCGUGGUGACACAUCUGGUCCUGGGGUUGAUGAGGGUCAGCCCAGCUUUCCCUUCCUGUUUGAGCCUUAGAUCUCCUCUGGGAAACAAGAACGAGGAAACUGCUCUUUGGUUUUGCAAGUGGUUGUCUAAUAAAGAACUUUG